GUGGCCGGGUGCCUGUCCAGGGAGCGAAGCAGGUCCUCCGUAGCGGCAGCGGAGUGGCCGGGACGCGGGUCGGGCUAUGCGGUCUGGAGGUGGGCGGGAGGUCGGGAGGCCUGAAGCUCAUGGGAGCCCCAGUGAAGAUGACAGUGUCUCAGGGGCAGCCAGUGAAGCUUAACUGCAGUGUGGAAGGGAUGGAGGACCCUGACAUACACUGGAUGAAGGAUGGCGCUGUGGUCCAGAAUGCAAGCCAGGUGUCCAUCUCAAUAAGCGAACAGAACUGGAUUGGCUUACUCAGCCUAAAGUCAGCGGAGCGGUCUGAUGCCGGCCUGUACUGGUGCCAGGUGAAGGAUGGGGAGGAAACCAAGAUCUCUCAGUCAGUAUGGCUCACUGUUGAAGGUGUGCCAUUCUUCACGGUGGAACCAAAAGAUCUGGCGGUGCCACCCAAUGUCCCUUUUCAACUGUCUUGUGAGGCUGUGGGUCCACCAGAACCCGUAACCAUUUUCUGGUGGAGAGGACCCACUAAGGUUGGGGGACCUGCUUCCUCUCCCUCUGUUUUAAAUGUAACAGGAGUGACCCAGCGCACAGAGUUUUCUUGUGAAGCUCAUAACAUAAAAGGCCUGGCCACUUCCCGACCAGCCAUUAUUCGCCUUCAAGCACCGCCUGCAGCUCCUUUCAACAUCACAGUAACAACGAUCUCCAGCAGCAACGCUAGUGUGGCCUGGGUGCCGGGUGCUGAUGGCUUAGCUCUGCUGCACUCCUGUACUGUACAGGUGGCACAUGCCCCAGGAGAAUGGGAGGCCCUUGCUGUCGUGGUUCCCGUGCCACCCUUUACUUGCUUGCUUCGGAACUUGGCCCCUGCCACCAACUACAGCCUUAGGGUUCGCUGUGCCAACGCCUUGGGCCCUUCUCCCUAUGGCGACUGGGUGCCCUUUCAGACAAAGGGCCUAGCGCCAGCCAGAGCCCCUCAGAAUUUCCACGCCAUUCGUACUGACUCAGGCCUUAUCCUGGAAUGGGAAGAAGUGAUUCCUGAGGACCCUGGGGAAGGCCCCCUGGGACCUUAUAAGCUGUCCUGGGUCCAAGAAAAUGGAACCCAGGAUGAGCUGAUGGUGGAAGGAACUACGGCCAAUCUGACUGACUGGGAUCCCCAGAAGGACCUGGUUUUGCGUGUGUGUGCCUCCAAUGCAAUUGGUGAUGGGCCCUGGAGUCAACCACUGGUGGUGUCUUCUCAUGACCAUGCAGGGAGGCAGGGCCCUCCUCACAGCCGUACAUCCUGGGUGCCUGUGGUCCUGGGUGUGCUCACCGCCCUGAUCACAGCUGCUGCCUUGGCCCUCAUCCUGCUUCGGAAGAGACGCAAGGAGACGCGGUUCGGGCAAGCCUUUGACAGUGUCAUGGCCCGAGGGGAGCCAGCUGUACACUUCCGGGCAGCCCGGUCUUUCAAUCGAGAAAGGCCUGAACGCAUUGAAGCUACAUUGGAUAGCCUGGGCAUCAGCGAUGAAUUGAAGGAGAAGCUGGAGGACGUCCUCAUCCCAGAGCAGCAGUUCACCCUCGGCCGGAUGUUGGGCAAAGGAGAGUUUGGAUCAGUGCGGGAAGCCCAGCUGAAGCAGGAAGAUGGCUCCUUUGUGAAAGUGGCAGUGAAGAUGCUGAAAGCUGACAUCAUUGCCUCAAGCGACAUAGAAGAGUUCCUGAGAGAAGCAGCUUGCAUGAAGGAGUUUGACCAUCCACACGUGGCCAAGCUUGUUGGAGUGAGCCUCCGGAGCAGGGCUAAAGGUCGUCUCCCCAUUCCCAUGGUCAUCCUGCCCUUCAUGAAGCACGGAGACUUGCAUGCCUUUCUGCUCGCCUCCCGAAUUGGGGAGAACCCUUUUAACCUGCCCCUCCAGACCCUCGUCCGGUUCAUGGUGGACAUUGCCUGUGGCAUGGAGUACCUGAGCUCCCGGAACUUCAUCCACCGAGACCUAGCAGCUCGGAAUUGCAUGCUGGCAGAGGACAUGACAGUGUGUGUGGCUGACUUUGGACUCUCCCGGAAAAUUUAUAGCGGGGACUAUUAUCGUCAGGGCUGUGCCUCCAAACUGCCUGUCAAGUGGCUGGCCCUGGAGAGCUUGGCUGACAACUUGUAUACUGUACACAGCGAUGUGUGGGCCUUCGGGGUGACCAUGUGGGAGAUCAUGACUCGUGGGCAGACGCCAUAUGCUGGCAUCGAAAAUGCUGAGAUUUACAACUACCUCAUCGGCGGGAACCGCCUGAAGCAGCCUCCGGAGUGCAUGGAGGAAGUGUAUGAUCUCAUGUACCAGUGCUGGAGUGCCGACCCAAAGCAGCGCCCAAGCUUCACAUGCCUGCGAAUGGAACUGGAGAACAUUCUGGGCCACCUAUCUGUUCUGUCCACCAGCCAGGACCCCUUGUACAUCAACAUUGAGAGAGCUGGGCAGCCUGCUGAGAAUGGCAGUCCCGAGCUGCCCUGUGGAGAGCAGUCUAGCAGCGAGGCGGGGGAUGGCAGUGGCAUGGGGGCAAUAGGUGGCAUCCCCAGUGACUGUCGGUACAUCUUCAGCCCUGGAGGGUUGGCCGAGUCACCAGGGCAGCUGGAGCAGCAGCCAGAAAGCCCCCUCAACGAGAACCAGAGGCUUUUGUUGUUGCAGCAAGGGCUACUGCCUCACAGUAGCUGUUAACCUGCAGGCAGAGGACAGCUGGGGCCCCCUGGCUCUGCCGGCCAUUGCGCUGGCUUACUAGGCCCCGUCUGAUCACAGCCCAGGCAGCAAGGUAUGGAGGCUCCUGUGGUAGUCCUCCCAAGCUGUGCUGGGACCUGGACUGACCAAAUUGCCCAAUCCCAGUUCUUCCUGCAGCCGCUCUGGCCAGCCUGGCAUCAGUUCAGGCCUUGGCUUAGAGGAGGUGAGCCAGAUCUGGUUGCCUGAAUGCAGGCAGCUGGCAGGAGGGGAGGGUGGCUGUGUUUCCAUGGGUACCAUGGGUGUGGAUGGCAGUAAGGGAGGGUAGCAGCAGCCCUGUGGGCCCCUACCCUCCUGGCUGAGCUGCUCCUACUUUAGUGCAUGCUUGGAGCCGCCUGCAGCCUGGAGCUCAGCACUGCCCACCACACCUGAGUUUAAAUGCCAGGUUUGCCCCUCUACGUCACAAAGAGAUGUCCUUGUAUUGUUCCCUUUUAGGUGACGAUUAGGAAGGGAUUGGCACACUUAGGUCCUUAAGCCCCAUGACAGGAAAUGGUGGGAUAUUCUCAGGUCCGAAUCCUCAUCACCUUCCUGAUUCCCCACCCUGCCAUGGCCUGGAACUGACUGGGUGGCUGAGGGAUGCACGAGGACAAAGACUACCGAGAUCCGACUCCUAAAGGCAGGGUCUGAGUCUGCCAGAUGGAGGGGGUGCUAAGAGGUUGGCCCAGGAGUCAGGCAUUUCAGGACCCCUCUAAGCUUCUACAGUCUGUCUGAGCAUGCUACCAAGCCCCCAAACAUCCCAGAACUAACAGGCAGUUUUGUCUGAGCCCAGCCCUUCCACAUGGUGACCCUUAGGUCUACCAUCCUCUCUGAAUGGAUAUCACUUGUCCCAAGUCUUAAGAGAGAGAUACACCUGAUGGCUGAUGUGGGUAAGAAAAGUUCCUGGAACCAGGGCUGGGGUCUAGGCACCGCACUGCAAACCUCCUGGAAUGCAGAGGCAGGCUCUUGGGCUGUUAGGAACAUUUCCAAGCUAUUAAGUUGCUGUUUCAAAACAAUAAAAUUGAAACAAAAAAAAAGAAUCGAAGCUUUGUUUUGUUUUCUAAAUUACUAAUAUUGGUGGUUCAGACUUUCUGUUGUUUUGAGAUAGGGUCUUAAGUAGGUGUCCCCGGCUGGUCUGGAACUCACAGAGAUGGACCUGCCUUGUCUAAAAAGGCAUGUGUGACCAUGCCCAACCCAAGGCUUUGCCUUUUAAAUGUUUACUUUUUCCCCCUUUUGAUCACAAACAAUGAAGCAUCUUUGCAUAGAGAGAAGUCUAGAAAAGACAUGCCACAGAGUGUAGACAGUUAUCUUUAUAGAGUAUGAUUAAGGAAACCUUUUCUUCCUGUUUCCUAAAUUUUCUGAGUUAAACAUAACGUGCUUCUCAUAAGCAGACUAGACCCCAGUAACUCGCCAUGUUAACGAUAAUAUAUAAUCUUUGUAGACAACUGUGAAGGUGUAGAAUACCUGUAAUCCCACCACCCAACAGUAAUAACUCCCACUGGACUUUGGGAAAUGCAAACAUUUUUGACAUUUAAGUUGGAACAGAAGCUUUCUGCACCCACUGCCAAAAUUUCCUUGGGUCCUCAUCUCUUCACCCCUGAGGGAGCCUGGGAAUCAGUAGUCAAAGAAAGGUGAGCCUCUUGAAGAUUAGAAAUCCCAGAAACAGAGUUCCUUCCCAGUAUUUCCACCUGCAACCUAGUUUCAGUGUGAGCACCUGGGCCUCUGCAAUAGGAGACAUGCACAUCAUGCCUCUGCUGGGGUGGAAACUGGGAGAGGCAGAGCCACAGCCCUGCUGGCUGAGGGCAAUGGAAUGAGGUAGGCCCUUCCUGGAACAAGUGUCCUGAAAAACCUGUUGCUGGUUCUACAGAUCAGGUUCCCACAUAGCUAAUUAGACUUGAAUUAAAUGCCAUGCAAGUAGCUUUUCAAAUAUUUCUUGCUGUGAUUAGCUUUAACUGUUUAAAUGGUGUGUGUGUGUGUGUGUGUGUGUGUGUGUGUGUGUGUGUGUGGAAGAGAGAGAGAGAGAGAGAGAGAGAGAGAGAGAGAGAGAGAGAGAGAUUAGCUGAGAGAUAACAAACAUUGGGAGUUGUUGACCAGAAGUCCCUGCUUCUCAAGUAAUUCUUUGUGAGGAACCUGGCAUGUGCUAGAUAACUGUGGCUAGGCUCUUCCAAUACAGUGUUCCCAAAAGUAAGUAUUUAACCUCUAUGCUCUAGGACAAGAGAGAGGCAGAGGGAGGAUUCUCCAGGAAUGAAGUAAAUGGGAGGUUAGCUGAGCAAUGACCUCUUCUCAGCAUUCCUGGGAGCACCUUGAAUGGGCAGCCAGAGGUGUUUGUUUGUUUGUUUAGUAUAGAAUAGAGUUUAUUCAGGGCAUGCAGAGGGGAGUUGAGAGGGUAGUAGAGACAGAGAAAGGCAGAGAGAGAGAGAGAGAGAGAGAGAGAGAGAGAGAGAGAGAGAGAGAGAGAGAGAGACCCUGACUCAAAACAAGUGUGUUACUACAGUUUUCUUAAUUUCUUUGUUUUGUUUGUUUGUUUGUUUGUUUCACUGUGUUGCUCUAGUUGGUCUAGGACUCACUAUGACACCAGGUUAGCCUAAAACACAAAGACUAACCUGUCUGUCUUCCUAAUGCUCGGAUUAAAAUCCUGUGCCACCACUCCCAACUCUUCCCUGCUUUUAAAAAAUCUUUCUCUUUUUCUUCUUCUUUCCCAAACAGGGUUUCUGUGUGGAGCCCUGGCUGUCCUGGAACUCACUCUGUAGAACAGGUUGGCCUUCAACUGCCUCAGCCUCCCAGAUGUUGGGAUUAAAGGUGUGCUUCACCACACCCCACUCUAUACCUGACUCCUUUUUUCUCUUUUUUAAAGAUUUAUUUAUUUACUUAUUUAAUGUAUAUAUGAGCACAUUGUAGCUGUCUUCAGACACACCAGAAGAGUGCAUUGGAUUCCAUUACAGAUGAUUGCAAGCCACCAUGUGGUUGAUGGGAAUUGAACUCAGGACCUCUGGAAGAGCAGUCAGUGCUCUUAACCACUGAGCCAUCUCUCCAGCCCCCUUUUUUCUUAGCAACAUCUCACUAUGUAGUUCAGGCUGGUUUCAACCCCAAAAUCCUGCUAACUCCACCUCCCAUGUGCUGGGAUUACAGGUACACAGGACCUCAUCUGGCUUUAGCUUGUGUCUCCAAGGUGCUCACCAUUUACUGUAGGCAUAGCUGCUGGGAAGGACUAAGGACUAAGGACUCCACGGACUAAGUUCUAUUAGUAAUUACGAAAUGUGCAGUGAGUUUUUGUUUUGUUUUGUUUUGUUUUUGUUUUUGUUUUUUUUUUUUUUGUUCUUUUUUUCGGAGCUGGGGACCGAACCCAGUGCAGUGAGUUUUUAAAAAGUCUUUAUUUACAUGAUUAUCUAACAAUAUAAUACAAAUAGAAAAGCAAGGAGUAAAUUUAAUCUCUGUAUUUAAAGUUUUAAUUUUUAAUUUUCUUAUAGUAUUUUUAUUUGUUAUUUGCAUAAUUACAGAAGAUUUGAGUUUGAGCUUGCAGCACCCAUGCGAGUUGUCUCACAAGAGCUUGUAACCACAGCUUCAGGGAGAUCUCAUGCCUCUAGCUUUCUAGGGUGAUUGCACUCACAUGCACAAGCCCACAGUAACAUACAAAAAUAUACACAAUAAAGAAGAUACAUGCAAGGGGUGGAGAGAUGGCUCAGCAGUUAAGAGCACUGACUGCUUUUUAAGAGGACCUGAGUUCAAGUCCCAGCACCCACAUGGUGACUCACAACCAGAUCUGUAACUCCAAUUCCAGAGGAUCCAUCCUCCUCUUCUGGCCUCUGAGCACUGGGUAUACAUGUAGUAUAAAGACAUACAUGUGUACACGUUAAAUUAAGUCAAAGUACUGGGAAGGCCUGCAGUGACCCUGGGCCUCUCCUGAGCCUGCUGAACCUCUGACUUCCAGGGCUGGGAGGAUGAGUUGGAGCCCAUUCAGGGGCUGGGUCACACACAGGGUCACAUGCAACUUCUCUUUGCCCAGGCCUUGGCAGGGAAAGGCUCUGCCGGGUUGAGGGGACACCAUUGUCUUUGUCCUCGGCGUGGCAAUUCUCCAGCUGCGAGUAGAGCAGGCGCCCAGUUGAUUAAGCAGAGCUGCAGGCCUCAGGAGAAGUGACCCAUGUGUAUCCAGCAGGAGCCCUGGAUUUCCAAGUCACCUCGGUCAAGCUUUUCAAGCACUGAAGACCAGCCACUCCUUUGUCACAACUGUCAGAGUUUGCCUCCCCUGGUGCUUUAAAUUCAUCCCCUAAGUGCAGACUUGAUCAAGAGGAAUACAAAUGAGCCUGUGCUCUGUUUUUUAUGCCCAAAAGCUUAUGUUCACAGAAACUGUGGAAGUCCGUCUGCACCUGGAAAGCAGGGAGACAGGAGACUGGCACUCAGCCCUAUAGGUGGCUGGUGAAGACAGGGAUCAGGUGGUCAAGGUCUUCCUUGGCUUCGUAGCAAGUCCAAGUCCAGUCUGGGCUACUUGAGACCCUGUCUCAAAACUAAUCAAUUAACCAACCAACAAACCAACCAACCCCAAGAGAGAUGGGGCUAGUGGCAUAGGCUCACAGUGUCAGCUAUGCAUUUAGAGGCAGGAAAUUCAAGGCCUUCCUGGUCUACAAAAUGAGUUCAAGGGCAGUCUGGGUAUCUAUACUGUCUCAAAAUAAGAAAUAGGAUUUAAAAAGAGAGGGAGGAGAAAGAGAACAACAAUGCAGUGUCUCUGUCUUGUUCAGGCUGGCCUCAACUCCUGAGUACAAGCAACUCUUUAGCCAGGCAGUAUGAACUACAGGCACGAACUACAAUACAGCACCCACCCAACUCCCUAAGAUCACAGCACCCACACAACACCCUAGCACCACAGCACCCACACAACACCCUAGCACCACAGCAC